GACGCGGCGGGGACGCGCAGCGCAGUGGUUGAACGGCCGACCGGGAGAUGUGGGCUCCGAGCGGCCUGGGACCCGCGGGCUGGGACCGCCGCAGGGUGGGCGCGCGGCUACGGGCGGCACUGGCCGGGUUGCAGGAGCUUCAGGGACUGCGCGCCACGCAGCAGGCGCGCGUGCGGGGCGCCCUGGGCCUGCACCCUGCUCCCGGGCCCCGCGGCCAGGAGCUGCGGCUGGAGGCGGCGCUGGCGGCGCUGCGGGAGCAGCUGUCACGGUUGAGGCGGCAGGAUGCAGGCCUGAAGACUCACCUGGACCAGCUGGACCAGCAGAUAAGUGAACUGCAGCUGGAUGUGAGCAGGUCAUCUUGCGAGGCCCUGGACAGUGACAGCAGGCCCAGCUCAGGCUUCUACGAGCUGAGUGACGCUGGGUCCUGCUCCCUGUCCACCUCAUGUGCCUCUGUUUGCAGUGACCGCCUGUCCCCCUCACUGGGCGGCUGGCUGCCUGUGUUUCAUCCCUCUAAGUCCAGGUCUGGCAUGGGGGACUGGCGACCCCGCUCUGCGGAUGAGACCACUGUCCCUGCAUGGAGCCCACAGCCCAGUGGAGAAGAUAGCAGGUUCCCGCAUGGUGCAGAGGACACAGGCCGGCCGAGGGGCAUGUUCCGGCCUAGACCUGUGUCUACAGGUGAUCUUGAGAGAGUCCUCCCAGAUGACCUGGGGCUUCAGAGAGCUGGUGUUGAUGCUGCACCCCCAUCCCUCCUCUGCCAGGGGAUAGAGGUCCCAGCCCACACACUGGACCCCAAGUACCAGCGGGAUCUGGUGGCCAGGGGUGGCCAGGAGGUAUACCCGUAUCCCAGUCCCCUCCAUGCAGUGGCUCUCCAGAGCCCGCUCUUUGCUCUGCCUAAAGAAGCGCCACAUCUUGACAUCCACUCGCCUCCUCCGGAGCCUCCUCAAGUCCCUGUUGAUCAGAACAGGACUCAGGCUGGGCCGAUCCGUGAGCUGGGCUCGGCCGAAGCCUACAUCCACAGGCUGUUGCGUCUGCGGGGCCAAGAGCUCCCUCUGAGGGAUGAGCUGCAAGAGCAGGGAGGGGACCCGGCUCCUUUCCCACGGAAGCCGUGUGGCCAGAGAUCAGACAGUGGAGGUCAGCUCGAGAAGCCGGCCUACGGAAUGGACAGGGGAGGAAUGAAACCAAGUAGAGAUGCUGCCAAGGACAGCCUCAAGCAACAGGGGCCUGUGUCCCUUGUGGAUACUGAGCCCCUCAGCAGCCCCCUGCAGGAGGAAAGCACCUGUUGGAAUCCCCGUGUCCACGGAGACAGUUCUGUAGGUUUUUCUCUCUGCUCCCAGGCCCAGCAGACCUGCAUUGACUAUGGCCAAGGACAAGCCCUGUCACCUUCCAGGGUACUGGGCCCUGAGAGCCCCCCUCUGGACCCAGGACCCUUUGCCUACCCUUCUUACACCUCUGGUGAAACCUCCCCAAUGAGGCUGAGGAUGGGAUCUCCCCAAAGCAAGGCGGUGAAGGUCAGAAGAAGAAUCAGUGAUAAAGUGCCCAGGCUGGGGAAGCAGCUUCCACCACAACCCGGGAGACAGCAGGGCACCCAUGCCGCUGCCUUGACUCCAGAAUGGGGCCCCUCAUGCAGGCCCCAGCAGGGGGGGCUCAGCAGGGGCCCCACACUGGCCAAAGAGCCUCCUGGACGCUCCUGCUCUGAGUCCACCCUAUACCCUGUGCCCUUCUUUGUCCCCCUAGUGGUGGCCCAACAGGAAAGUUACCCAGCAUCCCAAGUUCUGUUCCCAAUGGAGGCAUCCCCCCUCAACUCGGCAGCCAGGGGGAAGCAGCGCAGGUGGCAGUCUACUACAGAGAUCUCAGCCAAAGCCUGCUCAGUCAGCCAUCCUGGGCCCAGCUUGGGGCCCCUUAAGUCUCCAGCCAGGAGAGUAGGUGGUCCCCAGGUCCAGAGCAGGCCCGCACUUGCCCGUCAGGAUGCCUGUGUGAGAAGCGAGUCCGACCCCUCCGAGCACUCGGCAGAGUGUGCCUCGCUAUUCCACUCCACCAUUGCCGAAACCAGCGAGGAUGAGGAGGCCAGUGACCACACUGCCAACCGCUUCGGGGACGAGUCUAGUAGCAACGAUUCGGAAAGCUGUGUCCAGAGUAGCCGCAGUGGCCUGGGAAGAGGCAAUGCACAGGUUGGACAGAGGGAGAGGGCGUGGCCUCGGGUGCCGCCCCAGCAGUCCCCACGGGUCCCAGGAAGCUCCAGGCCACCGCUUCCCCCUGUGCCCAAACUGUGCCGCAUCAAGGCCUCCAAGGCCCUGAAGAAGAAGAUCCGCAGGUUCCAGCCAGCAGCCUUGAAGGUCAUGACCAUGGUGUGAUGUCAGUGUUUUAAGCCUAAGACCCCAGGACGCGCAAGGCCCUCCUUCCACACCGUUUGAUGAGCAGACUGAGGGUACCACACCGUCGUCUUGCUUACGUUUCUCGGUCACCCUCACUGUGGUUGUGAGUUCUCUCGGGUGAGUUUCCAUCCAGCCGUUUUGAUUGCAUGAUCCCAGCUGCAGCUUUGCCCUCCAUCACGCUCUGGCUGGUGUGUGGGGAGAGGUCUCUAAGAAGGCAUUCCUGCCCAGAGACGGCUGCCCAGAGACGGCUGCCCAGAGACGGCUUAGGUGCGUCACAUCCUCUUCAGGGGACCAGAUUUGAAUUCAACUCCACACUACACUCAUGAUAAAUGCCUGCAUGAUGCUGAUGUCGUACCAAAUAAAAGAACCACUCCCCUUCUUCUGCAGCCGCUGUCUUGUCUGUCUGCCUUCCUAACAUGGGAUGUGCACGGACCCGAGGGAGGAAAGACUUUUUGAGAGUAAAGCCUAAAUUCUGGAUUCAACACAGGUGAAUUGAGUAGGAAAAAAUAUUUGGAAAAUAAUUUUUUCACUUUUUUUGUCUUUUGUUUUUUAAAAAAAGUCUACUUUCGAAGGAUGAGGAUGAUAGGUUUUCAACUCAGCUGUUCAGAGUCGUGCGUACUCACGAGGCAGCCUUCUGGGUCCAACACGUUGCCCUUGGAGGGGAUAUGGGGUGCAUCUCAAGGGGUGCAUCUCACGGGGUGCCUGCCCUUCCCCUGCAUGCUUCACAGAAGCCUUGAAAGCGAGACAGAAAGCCUGAAAUACUGGGGCAAUAAAGUGUCACACUUGAGCUAAAGUUUUCUAUCGCAAGAGCUGUGUACAGGGCGAAAGGUGAAGAGACUUCAUUGAUUAAAGUUUAGAACAAAGACAUCGGCCUUCCUCGAAAGGGGGAGAGGGAGAAUGGGAAUGAAUGCUUUGGGGGUUUCAAAGUGAAAGAAAGCAAAGGGCUUUUGGUGCCACCCACUCCAACCUGCAAAUAUUAUUCCGAAGGGGCCACGAGAACAGUCUGAAAAGCAAACAUUCCAGUAUCCGCCUUGACUUCCUGCCUGCACCUCCUGGGAUUGCUCAGGCCAAGGCUUCUGUCACCCUUCUAAUUUCACAGAGUUUAAAGGAACAUUAAAAGCCAGUCAUGACCCGGGAUUUUAUUGUAAAAGGUAGUUUUUCUAUCGCUGUAACAAAAUGCCUGGCAAACUUAAGGAAGGAAGGUGUGUUUUGGCUCACAGCCUCGAGAGAAGGCGUGGCAUGGGAAGGCAGCGCAGUUCACACCAUGGUAGCCCAGGAAGCAGAGAAUGGGAUGGGAUGUGGCCCGAGGUGAUGUACCCCUUUGGACCAGCCUCCAGUGACUCAACUUCUCCAUCCAGGACUCGCCUACAAAAGUUUUCAGUCUCCCCAAAUAUCACCACCAGCAGGGCAUCAAGUGUGAGAAACAUUUCAGAUUCACACCAUAGCCUUCUGCCCGGGGCCCUGAAGUCUUCUCACAAGUACAUCGUGUCCACUUCCAAAGAGUCCCCACAGCCUUAAUGGUUCCAGCGUCGUUCAAAUGUCUUGAGUCCAGAGAUUCAUGGCAAUCUCUUAGCUGUGAGUCUCAGAAAAGUGAUAUAGCUGUACAUAGCACUGGCUGUGUGGCUAACGUGAUCUGCCUCAUUGCCUCAUUCCUGAGGUGAGGGGAAGCAGAUUUUUGGCUGAACUUUCACCUAUGAGAGCUGCUCAGAGUCUUGAUGAAGCUGUCUGGGCCCCUGCCCAGACCUAAACCUGCAUCCCUGCUGCUUUUUCUGGAGAUGGCAUAAGCUCCAUGCUUUUGCUCAGCAUAGUCUCUCUCUGAAGCUAUGCAGUUGGGGCUCAAGUGUACCCCAUGAAAUAGAUGCACUCGGGCCUAUCUACACAACUGUACAAGCAAAUCAGGAAAGCCAUACAGCUACACAAUCUGCUCUCAGCUCUCUGUACCCCAGCUCUGUGUGUGUGUGUGUGUGUGUGUGUGUGUGUGUGUGUAUGGACAUUUCUGUCCCACCAAGUCUGCAGCUGUUUGGUCCCAAAGAAACACACAGAGGCUUAUUUAAUUAUAAAUUGUUUGGUCUAUUAGCUCAGGCUUAUUAUUAACUAGCUCUUACAACUUAAAUUAACCCUUAGUUUUUGUUCAUGUUUAG